UGUGCGCGCAGCGGGCACCGCGCGCAGUCGGCCUCGAGCAUCGUGCGGCGCGCGCGCAACGUACGCUCCGGUGAAGGGACGCAUGACUCAUUGUGAACAUGAACGAGUACGCCGAAUAUGACUGGAAGCUGUACCAGAUGCAAAACGAUCGCCUGUGCGAUGGACUAGCGAGGAAACGACUCAGCGAGGGCGACAAACAGCGGGCUCUCGACGCCCUAAAAGAAGCGGUCGACUCGAGCCUCAACCUGGCGCUAAGGGACAAAAGCCGCUGUCAAGAUGACAACUUUUUGAGGCGGUUCUUGUACGCGCGAAAACAUGACGUACAACAGAGUUUCGAGCUACUUGUGCGGUACCAUCAGCAUAGGAGGGAGCAUCCGGAGCUGUGGGCCUCCCCGGACGGCGGCGUGCUGCGGGCGCUGACGGACGGCCUGCCCGGCGUGCUAGAGCAGAGGGACCGGCGCGGCCGGUGCGUGCUCCUCAUGUUCGCCUCCAACUGGCUGCCCCACGCCUGCCCCCUCGUAUCGGUGUUCAGAGCGCUGCUCCUGACGAUAGAGCGCACGCUAGCAGAUAUCCAGAAUCAAUCCAACGGCUACGUGAUAAUAGUGGAUUGGACGGAGUUCACGUUCAAGCAGUCAUGCAGUUUACAAGCGAAAGUGCUCAAGAUGAUGAUCGACUGCCUCCAGGACUGUAUGCCGGUGAGGUUCAAGAGUAUACACUUCAUCGGGCAGCCGUGGUACGUGGAGACCGCUCUUGCCGUGAUAAAGCCGUACCUCAGGGCGAAGACGCGGGAGCGGAUAGUGCUGCACGGUAACAACCUGUCGACGCUACACGACGCCCUCCCCCUGGACAUUCUGCCGGCGGAGCUGGGCGGGGAGGGGCCCUCGUACAAUUCCGAGCGAUGGGUGCAGGAGUUCUGCCGGUGCGACGGCACGGACGUGAAACCUUCCCUGCCCGUAGUUAUAACGGCCCCGCCGCCCGACAACGACAUGCCGAAGGCGAAACUGGACAAAGCGUACAAACAGAAGGACAACCCAAAUUUCUCGUUCAACGGCAUGGAAAAGAGUGCAAAAUCAGAGCUCCUCCGGGAUAAGGAUUGAUCUGGAAUGUCCGUGUAUGCGGAUAGCAAAAGGACAGUUGUCCGGACACUGGACGCAUUGGGCGUGUCGCCCGUAGCUUAAGACUUGUGCAUGCAUUUGUGAUACCUUUAAGUAUAUUUAAUGUGCGUUCGGAAGUGAAACGAAAGGAUAUCGGAUCGUGAUCGGUGAAACGCAUUCGCGCUAAAUUAUGAGUCACUUCGAUGUGGGAGUUUAGGUCGUUCCCGGCGGCCGCCGCGGUGCUGUUCCAGUGCAUAACGGUCGGCUCUCGAUUUCAGCCAUCCGGACUGUCGCGAUCCUCGCUCAGUCCGCAUCGAUGCAUUUAGCUAGAAAUGAUUGUACAAUUUCUCCGUAUUUAUUCGAAAGCCGAGCUCUCUGCGAGAGUGUGAUAGUUUUAAAAUGCUUUAAUAAAAUCACGAGGCU